UUUUAUUUUUUUACUCGAGUCAGCCAUAUUAAACCAGGACAGUAAACACAGGUCACGUGACCCUCCGUGUGACGUAUUCGCUAAUCAGGAAGCAGGGGCGCGAGACAGCUGGGAGUAAAAAUGGUGUCUCUGAUCUGCACAUUGCAAGGCCAUCGAGAUGAUGUGAACUGCUGUGCGUUCUCCGCCUCGCUCCUGGCCACCUGCUCGACGGAUAAAACCAUCCGGAUCUACUCCACCCGAGACUUCUCAGAGCUCCCGUUCUCUCCGCUCUCGGGCCACGGCUACGGGGUCCACUGCUGCUGCUUCAGCCCCUGCGGCAAGUACCUGGCGUCCUGCUCCACCGACGCCACCACGGUGGUGUGGGCGAUGGGCAGCGGGGAGAUCGAGGCUGUGUUCGAGCAUCCGGGCAGGAGUCCGGUCAGGGUGUGCGCCUUCUCGCCCGACUCCUCGUAUCUGAUUUCCGGCGCUUCAGACGGCACCGUGGCUCUGUGGGACUUCCCGUCCAGAACCCUGUACAGGACCGAAGCCGUUCCUGACACCACUAUAGUGGCGUGUUCCUUUAGCCCCUGCAGUCAGCUGUUUGCUACAGGUUCCAUGUAUGGAGACCUCCGUGUCUGGGACCUGGCCAUGAAACAGCUCCACACGGAAAAGUACGCCCACGACCUUGGGGUCAGCUGCUGCCAGUUUGCACCGCAGGCAGAGAGGGAUAAGGCAGGCCGUGUGGUCCAGGUCCAUUUGGCCUCCUGUGGUCAGGACAGCUUCUUGAAGAUCUGGCUGGUUUCUCUGAACCUCUCUAAAGGUUGUAAGAUGCAGCUGGUACACAAACUGUCAGAUCAGUCGUCUACAGUCCUGUGCUGUGCUUACUCUGCAGACGGACAGCUUUUAGCCUCUGGGUCUAUGGAUAAGACUGUUGCAAUUUAUGAAGCAAAUAAUGGAGUCUUACUCUAUACCUUGACCCAGCACGAGAGGUAUGUGACGGCGUGCGCGUUCUCCCCGACCGCACCCCUCAUAGCCACCGGCUCCAUGGACAAAACAGUGAACGUGUGGAGGGUGGACGACGGCUGCAGCGCUCAGGGUGCUGAACCUGAUGGCAGAUCUCUUCCAGUCCCUUGCAGCUCACAAGAAGCAGGCAGGAAGUGGCCGGGUCAUUCCAGGUGGAUGGUGGGCGAUUGGUCGGAGGACGAUGUGUCGGCAUGGUUACGGGAGGAGGGGCUGGAGAGCCUCGUCGACAAGUUUAAGGCCAAUAACAUCGAUGGAGCAGAACUGCUCGCGCUGACCAAGGAGACCCUCAGCUCCGAGCUUAAUAUAGAGUCACUGGGUUUGCGCAGUAAAAUUCUGCAGAAGAUCGAGGAGCUGAAGAUGCCGCCGGUAUCCGACGGCAUUCCUGACGAGUUCCUCUGCCCCAUCACACACGAGGUCAUGAAGGACCCGGUGAUAGCUGCAGAUGGCUUCUCAUACGAGCGGGAGGCCAUCGAGAGCUGGAUCAAGACGAAGAACCGCUCCAGCCCCAUGACCAACCUGCCGCUGCAGACCACGGCGCUCACCCCCAACCGCACGCUCAAAAUGGCCAUCUGCCGCUGGACCAGCAGCUAGUGAUCAUCCGCGCCACACGCUCUCUCACGCGGAUCAGAACAGCACUGAAACCCGGUCCGAGGGGGACGCACUUCUUCCCCCUACAACGCUUGUGACGAGUAAUUAAUGCUGUAACGCCUCUGAAUCAGGUAUGCUGGGAGCUUAAACAAAAACGUGGGCUAGCCGGGAUCACUGAAAACCCCGCUCGACUGCGCUGCUCGAAGGUUAACGCGUCAUUCCAUCCUCGUCUAUACACCUGCUUAAAAUGUGAAACUACACACAGGUGAAAGAUUAAUAAUGUGCAUUAGAUGUACGGAUUGGAGUCUUAUCAAUCAAUCAUCAAUCAACUGAUCCAUCUUUAAACAAUUUGGACCUUUUCUAGUAAAACCACCUCCUGAUUUUAAAACAUUUUCAUGCAUCAUAAAAGAAAUAUUGUUCUUCUGUUAAGGCUAUCCGAAAAAAUGACUCAGAGUAAUUUGAAUGUGAAAAUUUUGGUUAUAUUACGCUUCAUGUGUAAUUAGUUUAUCAUCUCCAACAGAGCUCUGCUGGGAAAACAGCACACUCCUUAGGUACUACAAGAAGUGCUAUUUCUUUUACACCCUAUGUAGUGAGCAUAGAUAGUGAAUAGGAUACAUCACCACUGUGUUUUAUUCCUAGGAAUGUCUAGGAAUGUGAAGUAUCAGUGAUAGAAAGUCGUUAUUGGGGUGAAUAUACAGUGUAUAAAUAUAAAUUUACACACUCAGUAAUAUUCAAAUGCAUUACAAUGAAAUUUAACAGCUAUGUAAAAUAUAAGUGUUUAAUUUAUAUAUUUUGUGCAUUGAUGCAUUGAAAAAGCAGUUAUUUUUCCCAGUCCUGGUCUUUGUUAGUGUUAUUUUGCCAAAAAAAUGAAACUAAAAAAAACUAAGAUUUGAUUAAUUGAUUAAUCAUAAAGUUUUUUUUUUUAAAUUUGUGAAACAUUUUAUUACUAGCUGUAAGAUUUUACACGCUGAUGUAGCUUUUGUGAUUGGCUACCAUGCCAUGGCAUUACAUGCAUUUAUAUCACGCUAUGCAUUAAACACUGAUUCAUUGUGCUAACAUUUACUUAAAAUAAUAAUAUUAUAAUAAUUAAUGACAUUAAGGCUCUGCCCUAACAGCGACAGUGUUGUUAUUGUGCGUUGUUGAAUGCUAGGGCAAAGCAACCAAUCACAACGCUUGUAAAGCUGCAUCUAUAAUACUGGAUUGGAUUAGAGCUGUGUAACGCAUAUACAACCCCGGAUCAUGAAUGAAUGUGACUUUGUGACUUCGCAGUUUCAUAGAGAUGGGUUAAUGAAGGGUUAAGACACUGCAGUCUUAAUAAAAUUAUGCUCAAUUACAUGG